GAAGGCUCCUCAUUUCAAGAUUCGCAUCCGUCGGGCAUUCAGCAGGGGACUUGUUCACCACCACCACCAUCACCAUCACAAUGGGCCUGUGGUGAUAUCUGAUGUUGGACAGGUCUUGCCGCCAGUCGUGGUGCAUGUGAGACCUCCAGAAAUUCUGCCAGCUAGCGGAGCCAAUGUUGUGCCAGCUCCCGUGGAGCCUCCCAGCACGCCCUUGACUGCUGCUGCGUUACAGCGGCAUGAGGCCCUAAUGCAACAGCAGCAGGUUGACCAUUCUGCUAGCGAUGCCAUGGCGCAAGCUGGCAUUCCGGCCAGCUUAUCCCUCGGCAUGAGCAUGCACCAGGGAGCAGUCUUCGGUGUCGUGUCGACCAUUGCCGUUGAGGCAAUGCAAAUAACAUUGGCCGAGAAACGAGGCAAUGUGGCAGAUCAAACUGCAAGCAUAGCCUCAGCUGCCAUGCGUGGUGCUGUCGUUGGUGCAGCAGGAGGUGGCAUGGCGUUGAUGCUCGGUCCGACUGCUCCUACAGCAAUAUUCGUUGGCUACGGCUUGAUGCGCGAAUGGAUGGCGCAGGGUUAUUCCUGGGUGCACAACGAGAUCACCGGACCUGUGGCCUUGAACCGAGCGGUGGAAGUCUCUGGAAGUGCUGCCGGAGGGGUGGCUGGCGCAAUGGCAGCUGCCACACUGUUGAGUGGUUUCGGCGGAGUGGUUGUGGCGGCUGCGGCUGGCUGUAGCGGUUUUGCUGGCAGCCUGGGCGGUCGCGAGGUCGCUUCUGUGUGCUUCGACCUCUUGUCUUCGGAGCGAAUAAGCCGCAGCCGGAGCAGCGGCAGUGGCAUGAGCUCGAGCUCCCGAAGAAGCUCUCGGAAAAGCUCAAGGCGACGUUCGAAGGGUUGGAUGCCUUCCGAGCCACAGCUUCUGGAGGCGUAUUCCCUUCUUGGCGUCGACCCAUGCUGCUCCAACACGGAGCUGAAGCAUGCCUUUCGUCGUGCAGUCGUCCUACAAGAUGAUGCAGGUUGUGCUCCCUUCCGAGACGUAUUGCGUGCCAUGGAACGUAUUCGGUCCACGCGACAGACGCCCUUGGAGCUGGAUAUCAGGAAUCUGGAUUCAGGGACGCAUGAGAACUCCCGCAGCUGUCGAAGUUCAUUAGGUGCCACGUCGCUGGAGUCUGACUCACAGCUGGCAAGCUUUAUCGGUGGAAUGGCAGCUCAUCCUGCAAGUGGCGUGUCCUUCUGA